AUUCGAAUGCAGGUCUUUCAUAGACUCCGCUGUCAUUGGGCGGGUGGAAGAGGGCAUUCGAAUUUCGUGAUGGAGGGUUGCACUCCGCCCAAAUGCGGCUUGCAGGCGUUUUCGAUAAGUGCGCGCACGAGAUUCCCCAGCCUCCGGCGAGGCUGCGCGGAGUAGAGAUAUAGAUAGGAGGAAAUCUCCUGUCCUCGGACGUUACGGUAGUCAGAAAGACAAUUUUCAGCAUGUUGACUUACUUUCCAGGGCUAUUGAUCGCGGCAACUUGGGUUGCGAGUGUAGAAGCUCAGCAGCCAGGCCAGUGCUAUUAUCCUGGGCGAGCUUGGGCAAACGACUCGAGGCCUUGUGAUCCUUAUGCAAUCACGACUCAGUGCUGUCCGAUCGGCUGGACAUGUUUCUCGAAUUUUGCUUGUGUCGUUACGGAUCUGACCAUUGUGGGCUCAAGCUUCCCGCUGGGUACGACGAUUCGUGGCUCUUGCACAAAUCCUCUGUGGAAUGACGGAUUCUGUGGGGGAUUCUGUUUAGAUGAUCCAGCCACACCGUCCUCGGCGAAUAAUGGGUCAAUGGUAGAUUGUGGAGGUGGAAACUGGUGUUGCGCAUCUCAGGCAGCAGAUGGAUCGUGCGAUUGUUCGACUGGAAAUGGAACCUUUACGAUCCCACAAGGAGUCGCUCAAACAAUUAUCUCUGUGAGCAGUCUUCAGAGCACAAACACUGCCGUUGCUACUUCCACAACUGGCUCGGUGAAGACAACCUCGACGGAUAGCUCGACGUUGACGACGAAAACCUCCAGCGCUUCAAAGACCACAUCCUCAACCGGUACAUCGAAAACAGCAGCAACGGAAACUGCCCCAACUACCAGCCCAACGGCGAACAGUACUGCCCAUCACACUCCAGUGACUGACACGGUUAGGUUCAAGGCAAGCAUCAGCGUGGGUGCUGUCGCCGUCGCAGCGGUCCUCGGGUUUUUGGUCUACUGCCUCUGCUGCAGAGGGAGAUCCUAUGCGAGUCGCAGUGGAAAAUUCAGUGGAAGACCAGCUAGGGAUGCGAACCCUCGUCCAAGCAGCCCAGCAUAUACAGCAGUAACGGAACCGUAUGACUUCGGAGCUCCACCCUCAACUUAUACACCGUACAACGAGUCUUCGGCCUACAAUAACCCUAUCCCACCUAGGGAUCCGGCACCAUACUCGCCGUCGUCGCCUUCCCCCUUGCGUAAUCCGAAUCUGGAGGACCGACCAGUGACACCGGAAUACUCGUGUCUAAAUCAUGCUCCGUCUAUGGCCACGUUGCCAUAUGAAGGAACAUAGGCUAGAGAAUCUUGAGGCGCGCAUUUCUUUCAUCGAUACCCUAUCAUGUUUUUUAUUAUCAAAUUGGACCAUGUAAAUAAUGACAGAUGCGGGCAUGCCUAUUUUCUUGGUGUAAAUAAGGAGUCGGGAGAAAUAUCUGAAGCUUUGGGUCACAAAGCUAUCCAUAAUCAGGAUGAAACAUAAUUCUGCUUGGUACCGAAAAGGAUUUUUGGCAAUCUUUAAAAUGAGGUCGACAUAUUGUGGAGGUUUGGUUAAGAUUUGUUUAAGGUUGAAAAUAAUCACGAUAUGUGGAGAAACCACGUUAGUCUAGCGUGUCCCUUUCAAUAGUGG